AUGGAUCACACUGGAGAGUCAGAGAAGGGUGCCUACACUACCGUGCAUCCUCUCAAGAUAUUCGACUUGGCAAAAUCUCAAGGCAGGUUUCUAUAUGCCUGUGCUCCCAUGGUGCGGUACAGCAAGCUCGCCUUCCGCCAGACAGUCCACCGCUAUAAUACAGAUCUGUGCUGGACACCCAUGAUCCUAGCCAAGGAGUUCAACCGGAACCAGUUCGCCAGGGACAGCGACCUGACCAUCGCGACGGACGGCGCCCAGCCCGUCACAAUCGUCCAGUUUGGGGCCAACAAGCCCCUGGAGCUCGCCCGUGCCUCGUCCAUGGUGGCGCCCUUCGUGAGCGGCGUGGACCUCAACUGCGGGUGCCCGCAGUCGUGGGCGUGCGCCGAGACGCUGGGCGCGGCGCUGAUGGAGCAGCGGGAGCUGGUGCGCGACAUGCUGGUCGAGACGCGCGCGCGCCUGCGCCGCGACGGCUGGGCCGUCGAGCGCGAGGCCUCGGCCGACAGCCCGCGCGGCCGCAGCGUCAGCGUCAAGAUCCGCGUGCACAAGGACCUCCGCCGCACCAUGGACUUCGUCGCCACCGUGCUGGGUGACGCCGCCAGCGGGAGCCGCAACGUCGACUGGCUCACCAUCCACCCGCGCACCCGCAGCACGCCCUCCAGCACGCCCAUCGACGUCGAGGCCCUCGAGAUCCUGGCCGACAAGUUCGGCCGCGACGUCCCGAUUCUGGUCUCCGGCGACGUCUUCACCCUCGCCACCCUGCCCUACACCUCGCACCUGCUGGACCCGGCGCCGACCUUCACCUCGUCCGGCUCCGCAGACGCCGCGGCGAAGAAGCCGUCCAUCCCCAACCUCCGCGGCUUGAUGUCGGCGCGCGCCCUGCUCGCCAACCCGGCGCUGUUCGCAGGCCACGGCACCUGCCCCUGGGAGGCCGUGGACGUGUUCCUGGAGCGGCUGGCCCGGGCGCCGCUGCCGCUCAAGCUCGGGGUCCACCACCUGACGGAGAUGACGGGGCCCGGGUACGGGCCCGACAAGCGGGCGCUGCUGAGCAAGAAGGAGCGGGUCAGGCUAACGGCGUGCGCGAACUGGAUCGACGUGCUCGACACCCUGGCGGAGCUCAGGGCCGGCAAGGAGGAGGCUGCGAGGUAG